CAUUGUAGUCAGCGCCCCUCCAAAACAGACACAGUCACAUUGUCGAUUAAGAAAAUGAGAUAUUCAUCGGUGAAAAACAUGGUAAGCUGUUAGCUACACGAGAAAAAGAAAACACACCUUUUGUAAAAAGCUUCAGUCUUGAGAAGAGGGUGGGUGGGGGUGUUCCCACUUGCAAAAAUGGAAGACUUCAGAUCCAAAUCGUACGGUGAUGGAAGGAUGCAGAUUGAAACCUACACUGGAGGUGGAGGUGGAGGUGGUGGUGUCCAUGGCAUGCAAGAUCUCCGUUGCUACAGUGCGUCCUAUGCUUCCUCUGUCCACCCAACACAAACCCAUAUAGGAAAUGAUGCAAAGUUCAAGAAAGGAAAGUCCACAAAUGGUUCCACCUCAAAAAGCUGGAGCUUUAGUGAUCCUGAGUUGCAAAGGAAAAAGAGGGUUGCUAGUUACAAGGUUUAUGCUGUUGAAGGUAAGCUAAAAGGGUCUCUGAGGAAGAGUUUUAGGUGGCUCAAGGACAAGUGCAAUAGAGUUGUCUACGGCUGGUAAUUAACUAUUUUUUAGCUUCUUCUUGGAGGCGGCUACUGUUCUUGAAUCUCUUAUUAAAAUCAGCAUCAUUCAGCUGAGUGUCUUAUAUAUAUAUAUAUAUAAGAAUAAUUAUUUGCCUUUGUUUAUUUGCCGGUUAGUGUUUAUUUCCGUUGCUGGAAGUACCCAUAAAGAAUGUAAUAUGGAAGAGAAAUCGUGAUUCAUGUGCUCAUUUUGGUUUCUGUAAAGUGUAAUCACCUUUGCUUGCUUCCUCGUCCAAAUAUAUUGUUGCAACUUA